UAGACAAACACAAUAUUUAAUAAGAGAGGAAGAGGGAAGGGAACGGACGUUUAACCAUGCAAACGUAGUCGACAUUUUCCUCUGUGGAUAUUUAAAUUAUGGAAAACAUUUUUACAUAAUUUAAUGUAAAUUAACCAUAGCUGUGAAUUUUGAUUAUUGUAAAUUUUUUUUUUUUUUUUCAUUUAUUUAGAACACAAACAGUCACAUAUACAAAUGGAUUUGAAGUACAAUGUAGAGUACUUAACAUACUUAAGAAUCAUAGACCUGGAGGUUUAUUAUUAAGUACAUAAUGUUAACAUACAUACUAACAGCAUAAAGAAAAUGAAAUCAUGAAAUCAUGAGCCAUACUUAAAUUCUAUUUACUAGUCUUCAGAGGAGAAAAAAAUACAAUAAGUACAGUAAUACAGUAAGCAGACAUUACUGUCUGUUUCAUUAAUUAUCGGAUAUGUUGUAUUUUAUAAAUUAUGUGCGAAAAACAAACUAACUAACUAUUGUGGCGCAGUGAUCCAAAGAGGUUCUUGGCCUCCAAAACGAGAGAACGCCACCUGUCCCGAUCCUGUGCCACUUCCUGCCAGUUAUCGGCUUGGAGUUGGCACAGAUCCGCCUGUACACUGUCGCUCCAGCGGUAUCUGGGCCGACCCACUGGACGGCGACCAGUCGGUCGUCCCAAAUAAGCUCUCUUAACACCCCGAUCCUCACCCAUCCUCAGUAAAUGGCCGAACCAGUGAAGUCUGUGGCAUUUUGUAUCGCCGAUGAUAUUGAUUGCGAUAAACAGAAUUCAUAUUUUUAAAUGCUCCUAACCUAACUCUUAUAAUUAUUUAUAAUUCGUAGCUGUGGUAGAUAUGCAAAAUGCAACAGAUUGUGUCAAAAUGUUUUCAAUAAUGGUAAUCUUCAGAGACGAAAAUGAGGCCUAAUACGUUUGUAUGAAAAAAGAAAACGCGAUUGCGGUCCUCUAUUUUCGUCUUAAAAUAAUCUGACUUGGGCAUUUUAAAAUAAGUAGUUUUGUAAUAAAAAACAUUGAUUAGUUACUUAUCUGUCUCAUUUCUCUCUAUAUGACCACACCGUUGCAUCUGCUUGCGUUGCUAUAAUUAUGUUUCACAAAGUCUGUCAAGCCAUUUCCUUUAAUAGAAAAGCGGCCAAGUGCGAGUCGGACUCGCGCAUGAAGGGUUCCGUACCAUUUAAGACGUAUUAAAAAAAAAUCUACUUGCUAGAUCUUGUUCAACAUUUUACCACUUUGGACACACAUUUUACCACUUUGGAACUGUCUCUCGCGCAAACUAUUCAGUUUAGAAAAAAAUGAUGUUAGGAACCUAAAUAUCAUUUUUGAAGACCUAUCCAUAGAUACCCCACACGUAUGGUUUUGAUGAAAAAAUUUUUUUUUUUAAUUUAUUGACGUAUUAAAAAAAAACUAUUCACUAGAUCUCGUUCAAACCAAUUUUCGGUGUGUUAGGUUUAAGAUAUCGGGUAGAUGAGAUUUUCACGUCAGCCGGUUGCAGCCGGCAACAGUACUGUCAGUCGGAAUAUAGAUAUACGAUAAACGGCCGUGUCUCAUUUCUCGGCACCCUUUUCCCUCCAAAAUAACAGUGGCGACGAUUUAACGGAUUUUACGCGUGUGUUGGUUUUAUUCGGUGUUAAUCAUGGCUAAAAUGUCAGUUGGAUUUUUGAGUGUGUUCAAUCACGAAGAACAGGAGUGGUUAUUAUAUAAGGGCCGCCUUGAACAAUGGUUUAUAGCAAAUGACAUAAGCGAGGACACGGACAAAUCGGGCGCAAAACGUCGGGCUAUUUUAUUAAGUAGUUUAGCAGAGCCGACGUACCGACUCGUAAAAAAUCUCGCGCUCCCUGCCGAGGUGGGAUCGCUCGAGUUAGCAAAGUUAACGGGCCUUCUCGACGGCCAUUUUAAAACUGGAAAGUGCGGGUUCGCGGAACGUUUUAAAUUUUACGCGGCCGUGCAAUCUUCGAGCGAGUCGUUAGCGGAUUGGGCGGCGCGAGUUCGUGGUUUAUCAUUGCAUUGCAACUUCGUGGCGGCAAGUUUAGAGGAGUCGCUGCGAGAUCGGUUCGUGCUGGGCAUGGCUGGAGGCCCAGAGCGGGACCGGUUAUUCAGAGAACCUCUGGAGGAGCUCACACUAGCGAAGGCACUGCAGUUAGCGGAGAGCAUCCGCUGCGCAAGAGAAGGUGCGCAGCAGACGAUGGUGCGCGACGCAGCGGAUGUGCACAAGGUGUCGGCGCGGGCGGCCGGCCCGCCGCAGCACGCCACCACGACCGCGACUAGGCAGAACGGGGUUCCGCAGGCGAGCACCUCGCGGGAUCAAAAGGGUUCUGUACAGUGUUCAGUGUGCGGAUACUUUAACCACGAGGGAAAGAAGUGUAGAUUUAGAAAUGCGUCGUGCAAAUUAUGUGGUGUCAAGGGGCAUUUAAUGCGCGUUUGUACCGCGAAGAAUGUGCCAUCUAAUCACCAUUUCCUACAAUGUUGCACGGAUGAAGCCGAUGAUGUGUUCGCAGAUGCAACAGUACCGUGGCAGUAGGAACAUUAUUUUUAAGCCGAAUGACGUAGUUAUAGUGAAAGUGUACAAGGGACAAAGAGCGUUUUGGUCUAAAGCAUUGGUGAAAAAACAAUUAGGGAGAUCGACGUAUUUGGUUCAAUGUGAACAAUCAGACCGCUUAAUAAAACGACAUAAAAAUCAAAUAUACAUGUAUAGGGGGGAAGAAGAUGCCAUGGGGCAAACUGAACCGGAAAACCAAGAUAUUGCCCGACCGGGGCAAAAACCCUUGACCCCCGAUAACAUGCCAGCUAUAGUUAUAGAGGCUGCUCCAUCAAAUACUCCACAAGUGGCAGCGGUACCAUCAGCUGUGGCAGCCCCAAUGGCGCUCUGUAACCUGCCCGCUCCGGCUACGACACCAACGUCAUCGACCACGACAGAGUUAGAGGAAUGGACCGAUUGUCCAGAAGCACAGGAACCUGGUAUAAGUGAUUCUGUCAAUGUCCACACACCGACACUACCGGCAUCGGAGUCGGUGCCUGAUGAACCGGCGGGACCAAACGCGGCCCCGAGAAAGACUAAACGCGCUCGGAACCUGGUGGAUUAUAGACAAUUUUUCUAAUUUAACUUCUUUUGGUUGUUUAAAACUAUUGGUGGAGGGAUGUUAGGUUUAAGAUAUCGGGUAGAUGAGAUUUUCACGUCAGCCGGUUGCAGCCGGCAACAGUACUGUCAGUCGGAAUAUAGAUAUACGAUAAACGGCCGUGUCUCAUUUCUCGGCACCCUUUUCCCUCCAAAA